GCAUCCCUGCGCCUCUCCUCCUCCUCCUCAGGGCCCCCACACUCAUUUGCUCUCCCGCUCCUUGUCAAUCGGUUCCCUUUCGACGCACACGGCCCAUCCCUAUUUUUGCAGCCAUGGCCGCCAUCAAACUGCUGAACCUUCUUGCCAUCUCGUCCCUCGCUAUCCUUGCAUGCUCGUUCGGCGCGACUCCCGCUAACGCGCUCGCCACCGACCGCCACCACAUUGCCCGCAGCGCUGCCCACGGCCACGAUGGGCUCGCCAGGAGGAAGCGCGACAACGCUGCUAGCAAGCGUUGCAAGGCCCGGCCCUCCAGCAGCGCCGCUCCUGCUCCGUCUUCCAGCUCCGAUCCCGCCCCCUCCAGCAGCCAGGCGCCUGCUCCCACGUCCGACGCUCCCGCAAACAAUCAGCCUGCCAGCACUUCCGCAGCCCCCGCCCCUUCGGCCACUUACACCAGCAGCGGCAACACCGGCUCGGGCAAGGUCGGUCUGGCCUGGCCCAACGGCGCUGACGACUCCCUGAAGAACUACAAGACGGACAAGGUCAAGUGGUUGUACACUUGGAGCCCCGACAUCCCCGACAAUGCGCGCGAACUCGGCUUCGAGGUCGUCCCCAUGCUCUGGGGUGACAACCAAGUCCAGGAGUUCCAGGAGAAGGUCGUGCAGGGCUAUGCCAACUACGUCUUGGGCUUCAACGAGCCCGACCAGGCUGGCCAGUCCAACAUGACCCCCCAGCACGCCGCUGACCUCUGGAAGCAGUACAUUGACCCCCUGAAGUCCCAGGGUUACAAGCUGAUUUCCCCGGCUGUCACUUCUGCCCCUGCCGGCAAGACCUGGAUGCAGGACUUCUUCAAGGCCUGCGACACCUGUCACUUUGACGCUCUUGCCAUGCACUGGUAUGAUGUGAGCGCCGACGCGUUCAUCGCGUACGUUGAGGACUUCCACAACACCUUCAACCUCCCCAUCUGGGUCACCGAGUACGCUUGCCAGAACUUCAAUGGCGGUGCUCAGUGCUCCGACAGUGAGAUCGCCUCCUUCAUGGCCCAGACGACGAACUUCAUGGACGGUGCCGAUUACGUUCAGGCCUACAUGUGGUUCGGUGCCAUGCAUGACAUGCAGGGUGUCAACGUCGGCAACCAGCUCAUGGCGUCCAGCGGUGGACCCACGCAACUGGGCUACCAGUUCAUUAACGCUUAGAAUGUCACGUUAGACUUAGUUGCCGUCUCACGUCCGCUGCCGUUGUACUGGAGGAUUCCGCCAUGCCAUAUACCCGUACUUUCUUGUCUUUUUAGCACCCCGUCCUGCGGGCGGUUUCUGCCUGCAGGUCGGGCGCUGGUCGUGCUUGUCUUCCUUAUCUCGAUCACUAUCCACGUUAUAACUGUUCUUGAUAUAUGCCAUGGGCGAUGUAGCUCUUGUGCGUAAUCCAAUGUUGAUUAAGAAGUUGGUUGCAUUCAGUGCUGGUUGUACAAAGGUAGAGCAGAGCAGAACAGACAGCAUUGUGUCCUGUAACAAUGGUAUCUCGG